AUGGCGAGGGGGCCGAGGGGAAGGUUGCUGCUCGGUGCUGUCCUGCUGCACUUUGGACAGCUCGUAGUUAGCCAAGAGGCACCAGACAAAGUCAACGGCUUCAGCCUACACCCGCCCUACUUGAACAUCGCACAAGGGUCCAAGAUUGCGGCCACAGCCACUUGCGGAGAGGACGGAUCGGGCAGGCCGAGAUUGGACCUCUACUGUAAACUGGUAGGAGGACCAGCUGCCGGAGUCUCCAGCCAGACGAUCCAGGGGCAAUUCUGUGAUCACUGCCUGUCUGAUGAUGCAUACAAAGCUCAUGCAAUCACCAAUGCCAUCGAUGGUACUGAGCGCUGGUGGCAAAGCCCACCUCUUUCACGUGGACUGCACUACAAUCAAGUCAAUGUCACUCUGGAUUUCGGUCAGCUUUUUCAUGUGGCUUAUAUUCUUAUCAAGUUUGCUAAUUCUCCACGUCCUGACCUUUGGGUGCUUGAAAGAUCAGUUGACUUUGGAAGAUCCUACAGCCCAUGGCAGUACUUUGCACAUUCCAAGCGUGAUUGUGAGGAUAUAUUUAGAACAAGAGCCCGUGGGAGGAUUACAAGAGAUGAUGAUGUUAUCUGCACUACAGAAUAUUCCCGGAUUUUACCCCUUGAGAAUGGCGAGAUUGUUAUAUCUUUGGUGAAUGGUCGUCCAGGAUCCACAAACUUCAAUGAUUCUCCUGUCUUAAGAGAAUUCACAAAGGCUACGAACAUCCGACUACGAUUUCUUAGGACCAACACCUUAUUGGGUCAUCUAAUUUCUAAGACUCAAAAGGAUCCCACAGUCACUCGAAGGUAUUACUACAGCAUCAAGGACAUCAGUGUUGGAGGCCGAUGUGUUUGCAAUGGGCAUGCUGACAGGUGUCGCGCAAAGAGCCCAGAAAACCCAUUCCAGUUGCAGUGUGAGUGCCAGCACAACACAUGUGGAAUAUCAUGUGACCGGUGUUGCCCUGGAUACAGUCAGAAACAAUGGCAACCAGCUACUACUUCAUCUGCAAAUGAAUGUGAAUCCUGUAAUUGCCAUGGGCAUGCCAUAGAUUGUUAUUAUGAUGCUGAAGUCAGCCGGCGCAGAGCAAGCAUGAACAGCUUUGGGCACUACGAAGGUGGAGGUGUUUGCUUGAACUGCCAGCACCACACAGCAGGAAUAAAUUGUGAACGAUGUGCUCCAUUUUACUAUCGACCAUCUGGAAUUCCAAAGGAGGCAGUGGAUGGCUGUUUAUCCUGCAGGUGUAACCCUGAAUUUGCAGAUGGAUGUGAUGGAACAACAGGUCUGUGUCACUGCAAACCUCAGUACACUGGUGAACACUGUGACAGAUGUUCCCUUGGAUACUACAACUUCCCUCAGUGCGGUUAUGUACCAGUUUAUUCCACAUCCAGGCCAGUAACAGUAGACCCAUCAGCUGGAGAUUUCCAAAAUUGUAAAUGUAAUGUGCAGGGCACAGUGGCAAAUAUCUGUCAUGUAGAUCCUCAUACUCAACGUUGUGAUUGCAAACCACAUUACACUGGUCCAUACUGUACUCACUGUGCCAUAGGAUAUUUUGGGAAUUAUUGUCAACAAUGUCAGUGUUACAGUGCUGGAGUGACAAAUCAAGUGUGUGAUCCAAACACAGGACAGUGUUUGUGUCGAGAUGGAUUUCAAGGGUAUUUCUGUGAAAGUUGCUCAACAGGAUAUUUUCGGUUCCCCUACUGUGAGCCAUGUCGGUGUAACAAUGUCGGAACGCUACCUGAACACUGUGAUGACUCAGGAAGGUGUCUCUGUCGGGCAGAAUUUGCCGGCAAUCAGUGUGAUCAAUGUCGCCCAGGAUAUCAUUCAUUCCCACAGUGUCAAGCCUGUUCCUGUGACCAAAUGGGGUCAAUAGAUAACAACUGUGACUCUACUGGACGCUGUCGCUGUCAUCCAAAUUUCACAGGACCAACAUGUUCCUACUGUGCACACGGUCACUAUGGUUAUCCCACUUGUUUGCCGUGUGGGUGCUCUGCAGAUGGUUCUUAUGGUGCUGAAUGUGAUCAGACCACUGGAAAAUGUAACUGCCGACCACGAGUUACUGGACAGCGCUGUGAUACUUGUGUUCAAGGAGCAUACAAUUUCCCUGCUUGUCAAGUUACUGACUGCAAUUCAGCUGGCACAGUGAAACAUGAUCCUCCAUCCCAGUUUGGUUUCUGUCAGUGCCUGGCAAAUGUCAAGGGGUCUAAAUGUGAUCAAUGCAAGUCACUCUACUGGAACCUGGCUGAGGAGAAUCCUGAUGGUUGCAGUGAAUGUCGCUGUAAUGUGAUUGGCACAAUUAGUGGGAUUGGAGAAUGCAAUCAGGAUGAUGGCCAUUGCUACUGUAAAUCUAACGUAUGUGAUGAGCUCUGUGAUUUGUGUAAGGAAGGACACUAUGCUUUAGAAGAGAGGCACUAUUUUGGUUGUCAAGGCUGCCAAUGUGACAUUGGAGGUUCUACUAAUCUAACAUGCAACAUGUUGUCAGGGACCUGUCAGUGCAGACCAAAUAUGGAGGGACGUACUUGCAACCAGCCACGCCGCAACCACUAUUUCCCAGAUCUUCACCACUUGAAGUAUGAAAUUGAAGAUGGCACCACACCCAAUGGAAGAGCUGUUCGGUUUGGAUUUGAUCCACAGGAGUUCCUGAACUUCAGUUGGAGAGGCUAUGCGCAAAUGUCACCUGUGCAAAAUAACGUGAGGGUAACAGUGCAUGUGGAGAAUAGAAACCUCAAUUUGUUUCGCAUCGCCUUCAGAUAUAUUAACCCCGGAUUCACUACUGUGUACGGCCAUGUAGCAAUUUACCAAGCACAGCCAAGCACAGUCCCAGAGUGUCAAGUCCACCUUUUCACAGAACUUGCCCUGCACCCAGCUGCGCUGGUGGCUGUAUUUUCGCUCUGCUUGUUAUACAAAUAUGUUCCUUUGGAUAUCUUCCCCUCGGUUGGAGCAGAUGAUGGCAUGUAUACUGUGGAUGGCAAACAGCAAUCUUCAGUUCAAAUCCCAACCUCCCACCGUACAAGGAUGGCUGUUCUCACUGGCAGACAGGUUCAGCUACGGUUUAGAAUUAAGGUUCCUGAACCAGCCCAAUAUGUGUUUAUACUUGAAUAUACCAAUGAAGACAAGGGACUACAUAAGCUUAAUGUGGCACCACUCAAUCCACUUGGAGCAGCUACACAAGGGACAUUUAAUCUGUACAGCUGCAAAUACAGUUUCCUUUGUCGGAGUGUUGCAAUUGACCCACAGAAUCGCAUUGCAGUCUUUGAUCUGCCUUCUUACGCUGACCUCCUUCUGCAAGGUACAUCAAUCAGUUUUUUACUGCACAAAGUUUAUUUAGUACCUUUUAAAGAGUUCUGCAUUGAACACGUGGAGCCUAAGGUCCACUGCAUUGCCACCCAUGGACCCAUCACAAACAGGAGCUCAUGUGUUGCAUCCAAGUAUGAAGUACCCGUGUCUUCAGUGAAGGUGAAAGAUGGACAUCUUUCAGCUGCAGACCUUCCUUCACAACCUGAUGUACCGAAAGAUCCACAGCUCUUAACUCAGCGCCCUCCAACCAUGGUGGAACCAGGAGACAUUAUUUUACUGAAAGCACCAAAGAAUCAGAUUACCUUCAAAACAAAAGUGCCAAAUGAAGGCAAACACGUGGUGCUGGUGCAUUUUUAUCAGCCUUUGUAUCCGAAAUUCCCAGUAGGGGUGAUGGUGGAUGGAGGUCGUCCCUAUAAUGGAUUUUUUAGUGCUUUCUUCUGUCCACAUGGGUUUGGAUGUCGCAACCAGGUCAUUUCAGGGAAUACAAUAGAAUUGGAUAUAAUCAAUCCAGAGUUGUCUGUCAUUCUUACUGUUCCGAAAGGAAAAGCCCUUUGGUUGGACUACAUCCUAAUUGUUCCUUCAGAAAGUUAUGAUCCUGACUUACGAAAUGAAAAGCCUUUGGACAAGUCAUUUGAUUUCAUUACUGCCUGUGGUGGAAAUAGCUUUUACAUCAACCCAGCUACAUCAUCCAGAUUCUGCCUGGACUCAGCUAAGUCACUGGUAGCAUUCUACAAUAAUGGAGCUCUCCCUUGCCAGUGUAAUGGAGAAGGUGCAACUAGUCCCACAUGUAAUCCAUUUGGGGGCCAAUGUUCCUGCCGGCCAAAUGUUAUUGGGCGUCAAUGUAACAGAUGUGCCACUGGCUAUUUUAUGUUCCCCAACUGUCGACCUUGCAAUUGUGGCAAACGCCUGUGUGAUGAGGUCACAGGCCAAUGCAUCUGCCCUCCCCAAACCGUUAAACCUUCAUGUGAGACAUGUGAGAAACAGACCUUCAGUUACCAUCCUUUAAUCGGCUGUGCAAAGUGCAACUGCUCACGAGAAGGAAUCAUUAAACCUACAAACCCAGACUGCAACCGACAAACUGGGCAGUGCCGAUGCAAAUCGAAAGUAACAGGCCGUCAGUGUGACCGCUGUUCUGUCAGUUACUCCCGUUACCCAGAUUGCAUUCCCUGUAACUGUAACCGUGAAGCAACACAGCCAAAUGUGUGCGAUCCCAUAACUGGACAGUGUCUUUGCAAGGAGAAUGUAAUUGGUGCACAGUGUGACAUCUGCCGACCUGGCUCAUUCUAUCUUGAUCCAGCCAAUCCCAAAGGCUGCACCAGCUGCUUUUGCUUCGGAAUAACAAAUGAGUGUCGAAGUUCUGAUAAGUCCAGGACUAAACAUAUGCAAAUGAAGAAAUGGAAUUUACUCACGGGGAAUAAACAGAGUAUUCCAGUUGUUUAUAACCAACGGAGUAAUACUGUCGUUGCUGAUGUACAAGAACUACCAGAUGUUAUUCGUGAUUUAUACUGGUUAGCCCCGGAGUCCUACCUGGGAGACAAGGUCUCUUCAUAUGGUGGCCUCCUGACAUAUCAAAUAAAAUCCUUUGGCUUACCAAGUGAAGGGAUGACUUUACUUGAGAAAAGGUCCGACGUUGAAUUGAGAGGUGAACAGAUGACUGUCGUGUACUUUGAUCCCCGGAAUCCACUUCCAGAUCGAGUUUAUCAUGGACAGGUCCGACUUUUAGAGGAUAACUUUCGACAUGCUGUCAUUAACACUCCAGUAACUAGGGAAGACUUCAUGCUUUUGUUGAGCAAUUUGGAGGAACUACACGUUAGAGCACUUUAUUAUUCACAAACACAACGCCUUUCCCUUGGCCAAGUUCAACUCGAGGAAGCCUCUGUUUCUGGAACUGGAAAUCCUGCUACUGAUGUGGAAGUGUGCUCAUGUCCCCAAAACUACUUGGGAGAUUCCUGCCAGAAAUGUGCCAUUGGACACUACAGAGAUUGGAAUGGCUUCUUCUCAGGGCACUGCGUACCUUGUCGCUGUCAUGGACAUUCAGAACAAUGUGCAGACCGAUCUGGAAGAUGCAUCGAUUGUAGACAUAACACAGAAGGAGAUCACUGUGAACGAUGCAAAUCAGGUUUCUUUGGAAAUGCUGCCCAAGGUACCUGCAGUUCCUGUCCUUGUCCAUACACACAACCCUCCAACAACUUUGCCACACAAUGUGGCGAGAUUAAUGGUGCCUUUCAGUGCAUGUGUAAACCGGGCUACACAGGAUCAAGAUGUGAGAGGUGUGCUCCGGGUUACUUUGGAAACCCUCUGGAGAUAGGAAGUGAAUGUAGACCUUGUCAGUGUGGACAUUCAGGUUCUACAAGUUGUGACCCCUUGACCGGCCAAUGCAGCAACUGUCAAGAUUGCACAAAUGAAGAACCCAAGGAUACGAGUUCUGAUGAGAAGUGUGACACCUGUGACAGUUGCGUGGAAACUCUGUUGCUUGACUUGAACAAAAUGGAUUCCGAUCUUCAAAAGAUCAAAUUUCAGCUUCAGAAUGCAAACACAAGCACUGCUGCACAGCAUCGUAUGAACAAUUUAGACAAGGCCAUAAAAAACACUGAGAAUCAACUAAAGGUGUAUCAGGCCACUGUGGAACGGCAGGUAAAAAAGACUGAUGAUUUGGAAAAUGACAACAUGAAUUUCAUUCAAGAUGUCCAUGCACUUGAGGAAAAGGCGGAAAAGAAUUCGCGAACUACUCAACUGUUGCUCACUUCAAUCAAUGUGACUUAUCAGCGUGCACAAGACAUGACGACGAAUAUAGGAGACGUGUUGUUGAAGAUCUUGGAAAUGUUGAAGACCAUGAACACCCUUGAUUCCUCAUCUGGCACUGCACCCAAGCUAGAUGAAGUGGAACGGAUGCUCAAUGAAAUGAGAAAUCGCAAUUUCGACAAGGAGAGAAGAGUGGCUGAGAGAGGGAAGCAAGAGUCAAAAAUAUUGCUUGACCGUAUUAAGAAUGGACUGGUAAAAAAUAUUGAAGAGAACAAGCAACUCGCAAGUAAUAUAAAGGAUGCACUAAGUUUAUAUCAGUCUAAGUUAAUGGAUCUUCAAGACGCAAUGACUGAAGCAGCCAAUCUAACUCGAAAAGCUGAAGACCUCAACAGAAUUAAUUCCAUUUCACUGGAAGCUAUUAAGAAGAAACAUGGCGAAUUAGAUAUUAAGCAGGCGGAAAUUGCAAGUUUGCUUCAAAUGGCGGAAGUCACUCUUACUAAUCUGAACAACAUGCUCCGAAUGUUGGAUGAAAGCCAGGAGAAUUAUGAGAAACACGGAGCACAGUUAGAUGGAGCCUUAUCAGCACUUGAAGACAAAAUUAAAAAGCUCUCAAAUGCUAACAACAAGGAGCCCAUUGUGGUUAGUGCUGAGAAACAUGCUGAAAACUUGGAUCAACUGUCAAAGCAAAUCCAGAGAGCAAUAGAAGAAGUGAACCAAGAUGCCUUAAUCCAACGUGUAGUCAAUGCCUCCGAUGCCUAUGAGAAGAUAAUCAAUGCAGUGGAUGCAGCAGAGAUGGCAGCCAAUAAGGCGGCAAAUGUAUCACAUAUUGCUUUGCAGGCUGUGGUGAAGGAGAAUUUGCCUGGCCAAGCACAUGAGUUAAAAACCAAAAGUGAUGACAUUUUGUCCACGACAAAUGGAUUGAAAAGCACCUUCACAGAUGUUUCAUCAAAGCUUACAGAUGCAACUAAUCGCCUCGGCACUGCAACACUUAAGAAGAACCAAUUGCAUUUUGAUCUUGCUUCACUUCAGACCAAAGUCAAACAAAUAAAUAGAGAUGAUGUCGGUGAGACUUUAGACAUGGCAAAAGACGCAGCUAAAGAAGCAAAUGAUACUGCUAACAGGGUGAUGUCUAAAUUGCAGCCAAUAAUUAUUGAUGUAGGAAACCUCAACAAGACAUCAGAGAAUAUUGCAAACACUACAGCUAUUAACAUAGCUUUAAAGGAGGCUGAAAAUUCAGUAAAAAAUUUGACCAAUACCCUACCAGGCCUUGUGAAGAAGCUAAAGGAUUUAAGCCAAAUACAACCUGUCAAUAACAUCUCCAAGAAUAUAGGCCGAAUCAGGGAACUUAUUGAUCAGGCCAGGGAAGCUGCUAAUAAGAUAAAUGUGGCAAUGAAAUUCAACGGUGAUUCUGGUGUUGAAGUACGUCUUCCUGAUAAUCUCGAUCACUUAAAAUCUUACACAUCUUUACUGUUAUACCUCAAACGGCCAGAAGUCCUACCACCCCGAGGAGAUGCUGGGAGGCGUAAGAGGCAGGAUUCCUCAAACAUGUUUGUUUUGUAUCUGGGUAACAAAGAUACAUCCAAAGAUUACAUGGGCAUGGCAUUGGAGGGUGAGAAACUUAUAACUGUCUAUAAACUAGAAAAAAAUGAAGAGAAAAUAACCUCUGAAAAAACCGUCAAUGAUAAAAACUUCGACAAUAUCAAAUUUGAAAGGAUCCUACAGUAUGGCAGCCUACACUACAGUCGAGUCAGUCCUAGUGAAGGGAAACUUGUUAACAGCGUCCCAGUUAACGCAACCGCAAAAGGAAAUGGCUUGCUACUUAAUCUUGAUCCAAAGAAUACAGUCUUCUAUGUUGGAGGAUUUCCCCCCACCUUUGUGCCUCCGGUUGCCUUAAGGUAUCCAAAGUAUAAGGGUUGCAUUGAACUUGGUGUCUUGAAUGAGAAACUGAUCAGUUUAUACAACUUUGAACGAACAUUCAACAUCAAUACGACUGAAGACAGACCAUGUGAAAGAUAUAAGCCAACUAAAGAACCAGGAAGAGAUGGUUUUUAUUUUGAUGGAACUGGAUAUGCAUUAAUUAAAUUGUCUGGUUAUUCAAAAAAAUUAACAAUUGAACAAACAAUUCGAAUUUCAAGUAAAAAUGCAGUGCUGUUAUAUUUGGAGAGCAAGGAUUCAAGCUGUGUUCUAACUGUGGAAGAUGGAAAGUUGGUGCUCAGAUAUCACCUCAAAUCCAAUGCACCCAAGAGUGCCCAAUCAUCAGUCCAACUAAACACCAACGAGGAGAUUGCGAUCAAACUCAUAAUGGUCAGAAAGGAUGGACGUACUGUUGUAACUGUCAACACUACACAUGUUCUGGAUGAGCGUAAUACUUUCAAUGAGUUGGAUUUCCCUAACUAUUACCUUGGAGGAAUACCAUCACAAAUCAAGGAAGGAUUGAACAUACCUGUAAAAACAUCAAUGCGGGCCUGUAUGAAAAAUCUGAAAGCUAAUGAAAGGAACAUUGAUCUGUCCAAUGAACCUAUUAUUGGUGUUAGCAAAGGCUGCUCACAAGCACUCCUGCUGGUCCGUACUGCCUACUUUAAUGGCAGUGGGUUAUUGGGACUUCCUGCAUCUGAUUUGAACAUCCCCCAAAACUUCCACAUUGGAUUUGGUUUUGCAACAAGUCAGUUGAACAGUCUCCUGUUCUCAUAUGAAAAGGAUAACUUUGAAGUCUUCCUGGAAAAUGGUAAAAUGAAGGUCAGUUUACUGGGCAACGUCCUACAGUCUCAAAGCUCCUUCAAUGAUGGUGCCAACCACUAUGUAUCAGUCCAGAACACAGGAAAUCUUGUCAAUCUGAAUGUGGACGAUUUAGAGAGGCUGACAGGAAAAAUAACAUUGGGUCAGCCUGGAACAAAAAGUUUGGUUUACCUGGGUGGGGACAAAGACACAAGGAAUUUUGAUGGCUGCAUCAGCAACGUCUUUCUACAAAGGGACCAUGAAUCACCCAGAGUUGAAAAUUUGGCACUUUCAACUGAGGACACUGGAGUAUACCUGGACACCUGUCCCCAACAGAGAGCACCAGAAAUGCUCAUGUUGAAAGAAGGCAGAAAAUGGAAUGGUCAAGAGACAAUUAAAAUGAACAAGAAUGGAAAGAAUCAUAAGGUUAUUCCUGAUCAUUCAACAAAGGAGAAUACAGGGCAAGAACCAAAGGACUGCAUGUUGUCAUGGCAACCUAAAUCAAUCAAUGGUGCCUAUCAGUUUGGAGAUUCACCAGACAGCAGAUUGGAGUAUGACUUUAUUCCUGAAUCAUUUAAAGAGAGGUCAACAUUCUCCAUUGAUGUGCGAACAGUUGCAACAGAAGGAACCAUCUUUUAUGUAGCAGAUAAGUCAGGGAAAUCCUACAUGACACUUUAUAUUUCAAGAGGUCGUUUCUUCUUUUCCUUUACUGUUAAUGAGAAGAAACUGAAAAUUAAGAGCAAAGUUAAGCACAAUGACGGAAAGUGGCAUACGGUGGUGUUUAGCAGAGAAAAUAAUAAAGGAAAGCUUAUUAUUGAUGGACUUCGGACUCGACAUGCCAACGUUAGUGAUAGUGCACUUUUGAAAGUUGAAUCUCCAUUCUAUUUGGGUGGAUUACCCUCAGACAAAAGGCGACGCAAUAGGAAGCUACAUGGUUUUCAGGGAUGUCUAAGAAACUUUAAACUGGAUGGUAGUGAACUGAAUUCCCCAUUACGCACAUUUGGAGUCACACCAUGUUUCGACGGCAAGUUUAAGCAAGGAGCCUAUUUCUCAGCCAAAGGAGGAUAUGUUGUUUUAGAGAACUCAUUUAUGGUGGGCAAGGACUUUGAGCUCCUCUUUGCAGUGCGUCCUCAAAGCCAGACUGGAAUCCUCUUUCACAUCAACAGCUCCCAAGGAAAUUAUCUCAGUCUAUAUAUGCACAAGGGAAAGGUUACUGUCCAUGUCAACAAUGGAGCUGGUGAUUUCAAUACAUCAGUCACACCUCAAUCACUGUGUGAUGGACAGUGGCACAGAAUAGCAGUGAUUAAAAGAAAUAAUGUGGUGCAACUUGAUGUGGACACAGAACGUGACCAUGUUGUAGGACCUGCUGCUUCACUCUCCACUGAUACUGCCGACCCUCUCUACGUCGGUGGCAUCCCAGAUAAUGUACAGUUACAUCAUUUGCCAACUCGUAAUCCAUUCUUUGGCUGCAUGGGGGAAGUAACGAUCAAUGCGAAGCCAGUAUCAUUCAAGAAAGCGGUGGCAGUUCAUGGUGCUGUUAGUGUGACUCGGUGUCCUGUCAUGUAAAUCCAGCUGCUGUCUAUAACUGCAAAGAUAAUUUAACCUUCCUGCACUUGAUUGUAAUAGACAACUGAACCACUGUCAAAAUGCAGAACCAUUAAUUUAUUGUAACUUGGACUUUGCGUUCUUUUCAUUUCAGUUAAUUGAAUUUGACACAUUUAUGGUUUGGCUUUUCAUAACAGCAAUUUUUACAAUUAAAAGAAAAAUGACCCACUAACUUCUUAAAACGCCAUACAGAUAUUUUAUUCCUAAUUGGUGCUAUAUUCUGUGGGGCCAAAUAUAUUACUAAAAUUUGCUGCUAAUUUUAUAUUUUUAUAUUUGAAUAAUUAAAUGCUAAACAUAUUUCUAAAAUAAACAUGAUUCAACCAACAUUAUCAAAAGCCUAUCAAACUGUUUUUGGAGAGUAAAUGAUCUUAUACAAGGGAAUGCUUUCCCCCACACACCGUCUGAUUGGAAACACAGGAGAAGUUAGACACAGACACAGUUACAGGUUAUAUUUCUUCCCGGGAACACCAGUCUGGCUCUUGAAGCAGUCUUGAGAGGAGCAGUGUCGUAGAUUGGAGCCUGGGACUUGUAUCUCUGCCAGUACACAUUGGUGGGCCAAUGAAAUUUCCACCAAAACAAAAUAAGAAACAGGACCAUGAUGAGGCCAUAUCACUCCUCAAGCCUCCGCCAUUCAAUAAGAUCAUGCAUGAUCUUCUCCCUGAACUCCACUGUCUUGCCCUAUCUACAUAUCCCUUGAUUCCCAACAUUUCAUCAACCCCCAUUUACCACAUCCAAUAUUCACUUCCUUCAUUAUCAAGGCACAGUGGUGCAAUCUACAAGGUGCACUGCAAUAUCUCACCAAGACCCCACCAACAGCACUUUCCAAAUACAUGACGUUUGCCACGUAGAAAGUCAAGGGUAGUAGAUGCAUGGGAACACCACCAGUAAGUUCCUCUCUAAGAGACACACCAUGCUUAUUUGGAAUUGUAUCAUUACCUCUUUGUUGCUGGGUCAGAAUCCUGAAACUUUCACCCUAAUAGCACUUUGGUGUUCCUACACUGUAGCAGUUUAAGAAGACAGCUCACCACCACUUUCUUCAGAGCAAUUAGGGAUGGGCAAUAAACAGUGGCCUGGUCAGCAACAUCCACAUUCCAUGAAUGAAUUUUUUAAAAAGUCCAUCUUGAAUCUCCUCAACGAUAGAGCAUCUAUACCCUCUGGUUGAUAAUUCCAAAGGCUAACAUACUCUGGGCGAUUUCUCGUCUUGAGCACAUCAAGUCAGUGCUGGUCAAAAACAGCCACCUGACUAUUCUAAUCCCAAUUUCCAACAAUGGACCAUAGCCUUGUUAUCCUUGGCAUUGCAGGUGCACACUUAAAUAUUCUUAACAAAACACUCUCAACACCACCACCCCCCUUCCCCCCUCCACUCCCCCUGAGAAUUAGUCCAGGAUAAACUGCUUCAUGGACCAUGCUGAGACUAUGGCAAACUGACCAAAUGGAGUAGUUAAAGUGACUAGUAUGGAUGCAUUUAAGGGCAAGUUAGAUAAAUAUACAAGAGAGAAAGGAAUAAAAGACUGUGCCAUUAGGGUAAGAUUAACUAAGGCAUGGGUCAACACCAGAAUAGAUUAGUUGUGUCAAAACGCCUCUUGUGCUGAAAAUACUUUGUAAUUGUAUGUAAACAGAAACUCAUGUUAAAUAAAAAUGCCUAACACAGAAAACAGGCAGUAAGAAUCUGAAGAAAAUUAACAGGUCAACAUUUCAGAUAGAGAGACUAGAGGAAAUUCUAACCUGAUCCAUCUGUCAGAAUGGAUGGAAAAUUGUUUCCCAACUACACUGCCCCGCCUUGUCCACAUAACCCUUCAUUCCUUAGUCUCACUCACCAUCGAUGUCCAUAUUGGGCAGGAUUGAGAACUAACAUUCCAAUUGAUAGGUUAGAUUAAAAUGCCUCUGCUUUGUGUGAAUAUCAUUCCAGCUAUAGUAUUUACGACAAGAACAAACAACCUACGUAGAUGCAAGUUGUUAUUCUUGAAACAUAGUUUAAAUUCAUUUUAAUCCUCUCCUCUGAUAUUUUCUGUAGAGAAAUAUUGUGUUUUGCCUGUAAAAUCCAUGACAAGUUUUAAUCUGAUAUUUGCAUCUAGGCAGUAUCAGAAAAGGGUACGUCAUCUCUGAGAACAUAUUGAGGGAUUCCCAUAAUCACAUGUGCUAUAAUGCUACCAUGUUGCUUUUUGUGGAAGUUUGCUGUGCAAAAACUGGCUGCUGCAUCUCCUACAUAACAACUUGCAAGAAACAUUGGACGAGAUUUUAUCUUGCUCAAAAUACACAUAUUAAAGAGUUAAAAUCUUCAAAACUACUGAAAUACUCAAAGUCUGAAUGUUUUCCAGAAUGUUUAUUCUUUUGUACUGCUACCAGGUUGGUGUCAGUGAGGAAAGAUAUAGCAGCUGAAAAGUAAUAAACAUCCUUGAUGAAUUCAUGAACUAAUGGCCAAUAAUGAACGCCAUGUAUAGCAAAAGAGUUGAUUAACACUAUAUGGAUAGAUUUAAAUCCCUGUUGCCUAACUGAAACCGGCCGUGUGGGCAGUUAACUUUGAGCUGGUUACAUCAGCUCAGCGAGAGAAUAAGGCACUUGGCUAAAGUCACUCUAAUUGUAUAUCGAGACUUAUCACACAACUUUAUCUAGGGCAUAAGCAUGAAAGCUACAGUAAACCUCCAGAUCCUUCCAGUAAAGACGCAGCCCAUGUUUCCAUCAUCCCCACUUACGUGUAAGAAAUCCAGCCAACAACCCUCUCCAGUCCAUACCGACCACCUAAUCUUCGCUUGCUAACACCAAUUUCCUGCCUACUUUAGGCUUGCUCUGGGUGAGAAUAGGUUUGGAGAAAUUCAGUGAAUUUCAGUGAUUCAAAUAACUACAGAUUUUCUGCCUGUGCUGAGAUUUGAAAUUCACUGCUGGGAAGCCCAUUCCAACUAAAAAUCUGCCUCAAACACGUGUAAUAAAACAUCUGAGAGAAAAUGUACAAUUACAUAACAUCUUUCAUGUCCCAAAACCACAUAAUAACCAAUUAAGGCUUUCCAAGUAUAAUUACCGUCUACUAGAUACAUGACUGCUCCAAUAUCAUUGCUUAAUCAGAAAGCAUCAAAACUAAUUAGUAAUAAAGUGUCACACCUUUUAGGGUAACAUUUAAAACAACUACUUACUUUUUAUUUACAAUUCAUGAAAGAAUGAUCAUUAUUUCUGAAGAAUGCAUAUCAUAACAGUUUAUGAUUUGUUCAUAACAGUAAUGGUAGGGGGAAACCUAUAUUAUUCACAAAAUUGAAUGAAGCGCCCUCCAAAACUGCUUCCAAAUGAUUUGAGUUAAUCCAAAUUUUGCCUGUCACUGCUUAGUGAAUUGUGGGAAUAUGGAAGCUUCUAACUUGUUGGUCUGUUGUUGCAAUGUAAUGUUGACCAUUUAUUUUUAAUGUUGUGUUUCUUCAUAUCAGACAGAACUUUGUCAUGCAAUCACCUCAAAUGUUCACUUUUAGGUGGAUGGUUGGAUUAGAUUUUGAUGUUGCACUGUCAAAAAUACACUAAUGCAAGACAUUAGGUGUGCAUUUUCAUUUACUCAAGUUUUGGUGUUGUUGGUAACUUGUACGAUUCCUAUCACAAUUAAAUAAAAAGUGCAUUAUCUCAA